AUGGUCAUCGAACAGCCACCUGCGAGAAUACUUCUGGUGGAUUCGUACGACUCGUUCACCUACAAUCUCGCCUCGCUCUGCCAGAAAUCGAUACCUGACUGUCAGAUCCACAUCAUCAAGAAUGAUCAGCUUUCGUUGUCUGCACUUCUUCCCCUCCUCCCCCACUUCUCUGCUAUUGUGGUCGGCCCUGGACCAGGGUCACCUCAUAUCGCAGAAGACAUUGGCAUUGUCAAAGACCUCUGGAAGCUCAGCGAAGACUAUCUUCUUCCCAUAUUUGGUGUUUGUCUUGGACACCAGAGUCUAGUCCUUGAAUUCGGUGGGCAGCUGGAGAGAUUGCGGGUCGUCAAACACGGACAGGUCUCACGUGUGGAACAUACUUCGGAAGACUUGUUCAAGAAUGUCGACGAUGUGUGGGCCGUUCGAUACCAUUCACUUCAAGUCCACGUGCGACCACAUAGUGACAUCGAGGCGUUAGCCUGGGCAGACGAUGGGGAAGAGAAUGGCAUGGUAGUUAUGGCUGUCAAGCACCGCAGUCGUCCCUUCUGGGCUGUUCAAUAUCAUCCGGAGUCCGUCCUUACCGAUGGAGGAGGUUUUGAGGUUGUCUCAAACUUCUGGAACCUGGCGCACAAUUGGAAUACAAUACACGGCCGCAUUAUUCGUGACUGGAGUCAUGAUGCGGAAGACACGUUCGGAUUGCCGUGGCCACACCUCUAUACACCACCUCUGUCUCCAUCUCAGUCUCCCCCUCGGACAGUGUCCACCUCCGUGCUUCGUAAAACCAACCUAUCAGCUACGGCCAUUUGUGAACUACUCAACGUAGCAGACGACUCGUCACCGUUUGUCCUUCUCGAUUCCGCGGCACAACCCGGGAGAUACACCAUCAUCGGUUGCGUGAAUGGUCGCUCUCCCCGCAUCAUAUAUUCUCUCACAGAUUCUCACGUACGUGUUCUGCAAGAUGGUGUUAGCACACCCUUUGAACUGGACUCGUACGACAUCUGGUCUUGGAUCGCGUCUUUCAUGAACAAACGCAAAGCAGUCGGUGGGGUGCCUGACCUCCCAUUCUGGGGAGGUUUGAUCGGUUACCUCAGCUAUGAGCUUGGCGCACACUCCUUGUGUGCACCUGGCACGAUCGCACUUGACGAUGCGGAUACGCGCCAUUCCGACGUAAACCUCAUAUUUGUGGAGCGUAGUAUAGUUCUGGACACUUGCUCUGGCGAUAUUUAUUUUCAGUCUAUCGUUGAAGGCGAUCAUGUCUGGUUUUCCGAGACUACGGUGCUCAUUCAACGAGCUGUAACGAAAGCCUCUGACUCGGAACCCAAGGUCUCAACUACUUCCACGAAGGUCAAGGAGAAAACCAUCAGUAUCUCACUGCCGGAUCAAGUACUUUACAAGUCACGCAUCGACGUAGCGAAGGAGUAUUUGGCUGCGGGUGACUCCUACGAACUGUGCCUUACGGCUCGAACGCGGGUGACUAUCAAUGAUCCUCAUGCACCUCAGCCCUCGCGCGUGCAUUCUCCCUCCUGGCAACGGUAUAAACAGCUUCGGAAGCGAAACGCGGCACCACAUGCUGCAUACCUCCGCCUGCACCCCACCACACUAGUUGCAUCAUCUCCAGAACGUUUCCUCUCUUUUUCUCGCCCUCCCCAUGCUAAGUACCAACUCCGUCCCAUCAAAGGCACUGUUCGCAAAGGUCCCGGCAUAACUCGCGCCGUAGCGGAGCAGGCGCUGUCCGGCAGCCGAAAGGAGGUCGCUGAGAACCUCAUGAUUGUCGAUCUCAUACGGCAUGACCUUCACGGUGUCGUUGGCAAGGACGUAAACGUUUCCCAGUUUUGCGGGGUUGAAGAGUACAAGACGAUGUGGCAAUUGGUCAGCGUCAUUGAGGCUGCCACCCCUGCUGGAGCGGAGCAGACUGAUGGCCAACACGCUAAUGGUGCUCUGGGCUGGGAAGUGUUGAGGAGAAGUUUACCCCCAGGUCAGUGGAGUAUGACAGGUGCACCCAAGAAGCGUAGUGUUGAAAUUUUGCAGACUUUGGAGGAUGACGAGCGGAGCUUGUACUCUGGUGUCUUUGGAUACUGGUGCGUUGGAGGUGGAGGCGAUUGGUCUGUCACGAUCCGAAGCUGCUUCAAGCGCGAUGACCGCUACAACCAAGACAUGGGCUUACCAAGUACGGAAGUCUCUUCUGAAGGUGCUCCAACAGCACCUCCUUGCACCGAAGAAUGGGUGAUAGGAGCGGGAGGUGCUAUCACUGCCCUCUCUGAUACCGACGCUGAAUGGGAUGAAAUGGUGGUAAAGUUACAGAGCGUCUUACCAAUUUUUGGGUCGUCCUAA